UCAUUCAAUUUCCUUACUGUCGUAAGUUAUCUCUGCGUCUUUGUGACCUUGCGUAUAUAGAUUACCAGAAAUCAUUUUCGUUCGACUUUUCAAGCAAUUAUUUUAUACUGGUUUUAUACGUUUACUCAAGAUUUUUGUGGUCAAUCGGUGAUGCAUCGCCUGUCCGGUGAAUUGUUGCCAGAGAUCUCUGUGCAUUAGGUUGAUUUGAGGCGAUUAUAAUGUAAAGAAAGUAAUUGGGUGGUGCCCAGAUGAGAAGAACUGAUGUUAUUGGCAGUGGAAGGAGGAGGAUUUUUCUCAUCUUCAGCAUCUGGAUACAGUAAGGGCCUAACCCUUCUUUUUUUGGGUCAGAGGAACGAAGAGAAACCCAUGAGAGUGACACCGUGGAAUCAGUACCAGUUGGUGGACCAAGGGACGAAUCCUGAUCUCCAGCUGGCUUCCACGAAGAAUGGGGCUGUCCGCGGCUGUGCCUCCUUUGUGUGCUUUGGUCACACUGCCGCAGGACUUGAGAGCCCAUCCCCUCUGAAAGUGGGCCCUAUCCAACAACAAGAAGUCUCACCGGAGCCCAUUGUUUUUUAUGAGAGUAAGAGUGAAACCGAUUCAGCUGAUCUUGUUGUUGAUGAUGAUGAUGAUAGGGGUAGAAAGAUUAGUCUCAAGAGUAGCUUAAAGAAACCAUUGAAUGACAUUCAACCUUCCACUACUUGUGGUGGUGGUGUUGAACCCGAAGAAUCAUCUGAAAAGCAUAAAACAAUUGAUAGUCAAAUGGAAAGGAGGAAAGUGCAGUGGACAGACACGUCUGGAGGGGAACUUUACCAGGUCCGGGAAUUUGAGAUGAGUGAUGAUGAUAGUGAAUUUGACCCUGGGAAUGAAAGGACUUGUUCAUGCACAAUAAUGUAGUUUGGGUUUCUAUUAGGACAUCUUAUGGGCUUGGCUUCUUUAAGAAGGCAACGAAUGAAAUGUUGCUCAAAAUUCCACCGAGUAAAGAUCAACUUAUCAGUGCUUUGCAUUGCAAUUGGAGCAACACAGGAGAUUUUUUGGGCCCAAAAAACGGAGAUUAUAUCCCUCCCUGGCUUUUGUUGAUUGAUCUUUUGCAUUUAUAUUCUUGCUUGAAUUUCAAUUUCAUCUAUUUUUCUCAUCUUGAUUUGGAAUAUUAUGUCUUUUCUUCUGCUGGGAGGCUGAAUCGAAUUAUGAUUCUGUAUGUUAGUUGCAGAUGUCAAUAUGCAGUAGGAUUGUAACUCAAAACCAAUGUAUAGCUUCUGUGCACUUACUAUGAAAAGCAGAAGUUACCUGUGGGUUGCAACUAACAGCAUUUCACUGCUUUCCUUAGCGAUUUUGUGAGGGGUUGACUUUUAUCUUUUCAGGAUUGCCAGUGUGUAUUAAUCAAACAUAUAUUGCUUAUUGACUGGAAAAUUACUGU